GACUCUGCAGCGCGCGCCACGAGUCCUCAGUCCGGACUCUGGACCAGACCAGGACUGGACCUGGAUCUAGCGGGACUUUUCUGCUCCGACUCCGAUUAGGACUAAACCGGGACUAAACCGGGACUAAACCGGGACUAAACCGGGACUAAACCUGGACUAAACCUGGACUCUGCUCUUCCCUCGCACUUGGCCCUGGCUCGGUUCUCUUCUGUCUCGGUUUGGUCCGGUUUGAAGCACUUUUCUGCCGCAGAGCCGUGAGUCCGCGGUGCUCUGACCCGGGACAGUGCGCCUCCUCCCGGCUCUGACCUGCCUCUUCACCCCGCGUGUCCGGUCCUCCGUGUCCGCGGUCCUCCGUGUCCCCGGUCCUCCGUGUCCCCGGUCCUCCGUGUCUCGGUGCAGAUUCGUCUUGUCUCCGGUUUCACGCUCCGGCUGCGCUGACGCCGCUUUAACACGUUCCUCGUGAACUCUCGCCUCCCGCGGCGAACUCACACUCUGCGCUCUUGUCCUCCUGUCCUCUUGUCUCUUGUCCCCUCUCUUAUGCUCCUGUCCUCUUGUCCCCUCUCUUAUCCUCUCUUGUCCUCUUGUCCCCUCUCCUGUCCCCUCUCUUGUCCCCUCUCCUGUCCCCUCUCCUGUCCCCUCUCUUGUCCUCUUGUCCCCUCUCCUGUCCCCUCUCCUGUCCCCUCGUCUCUUUAGGACUUUUUAAGUUCAUCUUGUUACUUCUUCACAUUCUGGGACUUUUAGCGGAGCUGCGCGCGGACCUGCCUCCUCUCCUCUGAUUGGCUGAUUGUUUCACUGGACAUCACCCCCCUGAGUCCUGAUUGGCCGGCGGUGAGGUCAUGCUGACAGCAUGGCCACGCCUCCUCUGCUGCUGCUGGUUGCCAUGACGAUCCCAGCUCAGGUGCUGAGUUCAGGAGCGCUCCAAAGAAUCCGACGCUACGUCAUCAACCCCCUGGGACACAAGUGGGACCACCACAACCUCACCUACAGGAUCGUGGCGUUCCCUCGGACUCUGAACCAGGAUGACACUCGUAAAGCUCUGAGUUUGGCCUUCACCAAAUGGAGCGACGUUUCACCGCUGAGCUUCACCGAGGUGUGGGAGGGGCAUGCUGACAUCACCAUAGGCUUUUACACGUUUAACCACACAGACUGCUGGGCGGCGCCGUUGCACCCGUGUUUCGACGGUCUAAACGGCGAGCUGGCUCACGCCUUCCUGCCGCCGCGAGGAGAGAUCCACUUUGACAACCACGAGUUCUGGAUCCUUGGCAAGUCCCGCUUCAGCUGGAGACAAGGGGUCUGGUUGAAUGACCUGGUGCAGGUGGCGGCUCAUGAGAUCGGACACGCUCUGGGUCUGUGGCACUCACGUGACCCGGAAUCCUUGAUGCACCCGAACGCCACGUACACGGGUCAGAGGAGCGUGGGGCGGGACGACGUCUGGGGGAUCCGCCGCCUCUAUGGUUGUCAUGAUAAGAAGCGUGUGUGUGACCCGUGGGCUCGUCUGGGAUUCUGUGAACGACGCAAAUCCUUCAUGAAAAAGAACUGCCCCCUGCGCUGUGACCUGUGCUACGAGCCGGAGUCCGAGUCCACCCCGACCCCCGUGACCCCAAACCUAAAGGUGAAGACGGUCCCCAGAGGAAAAGUGGUCGGCUUCAGAUGUGGAACCAAGAACCUGAGGAACCUCCCCAAGAUCAGCUGGUAUAAGGACGGGGAGCAGAUCCUGGCUUCAGUUCCAGGGCAUAUCGUGAUGAAAGGUCGUGAACUCAGGAUUGUCGCCAACGAGUUCAAUGAAGGAACCUACACCUGCCGAGUGCAUCGCCACGGCAACACCGUCACCGCCUCCUCCUGGUACAUCCGGGUCAAGAACCAGGACUAGACCAGGACUAGACCAGGACUAGACCAGGACUGAACCAGGACUGAACCAGGACUGAACAAAGACUAAACAAAGACUAAACCAGGACUAAACCAGGACUAAACCAGGACUAGACCAGGACUAGACCAGGACUAAACAAAGACUAAACAAAGACUAAACCAGGACUAAACCAGGACUAAACCAGGACUAAACCAAGACUAAACCAAGACUAAACCAAGACUAAACCAGGACUAAACAAAGACUAAACAAAGACUAAACCAGGACUGAACCAGGACUGAACCAGGACUGAACCAGGACUAAACCAGGACUAAACCAGGACUAAACCAGGACUGAACCAGGACUAAACCAGGACUAAACCAGGACUAAACCAGGACUGAACAAAGACUAAACCAGGACUAAACCAGGACUAAACCAGGACUAAACCAGGUCUACAUCAGGACUCAGUGUGGACACUCUCGUGGAGGCUGAGGUGAAUAUUUUGUGUCAUGUUGUUGUUAUGUUUGUGUCACAGACGGAUUUGAACUGAGUCUUUAUGAAAAUAAACCUCUGCAAACUU